AAGCCCCCUAAACCCCACACCUUAGGGUCCAAUUCCCCGGCGCGACUUUCGGGACUACACGCCCCAGGAUGCCUCGGGGCCAGGGCAGGAAGCGGCCUCCCGGGAUCGGCUCUCCAUUGGAGGUGGCUGUUGUUGUGACGCGCCGGCCGGAAGGCCCGCCUCCGCCCUGGCCUCCCGGGGUCGAAUCCUUGCCGGAGCCGCACAAUGCGCGCGGUCCAGGCCACGUCUUGGUACCGGCGGAUGUCCGUGGUCUACGCGGUGGGCGCUUGGACCACGCUGGGCUCCAUGUUUUAUUUAGGCCGGAAAAAACGCAAGCCACCAGGUGAUGAAGUAGAGCAAAAGGAUGGCUCAAGAAAUGAAAUGCUUGAGCCCCCGAAAGGAUUUUACUUGGAAACAAUUGUCACAUAUAAAGAAGAUUUGGUUCCAGUCACUGACAAGAUCCUCAACUUUUUGAAAUCAUGGACUGGUGGCCCUGGACGGGAACCAUGAUUAGCUGCUGAAUGCUGAAAACUGGGACUUUGGUUCAGCAUAUACAUUUCAUGGAUGCCUUGAUUUCCAAUUUAUGUUUAUGAAAAGUGUAUCCAUUUAAUUUAAUUUUGCUGUAAAAUAUAAUCACUCGUAGUAUGCAAUAAAUAUUUCCUUGAGGAAAAGUCAACUU